AUGUAAAAAUCAGGUUCAUGUUCCCAUUUUUCAAAGUACAGGCUUGAAUAAAUUGGGAAUUUAAUCAAGACUAAUUUUACAUAUUGUGAUAAUGCUAAGAGGUAAUAAUGUGAGAGCGAUAUCGAAAAAUGGUUGUGCAUAGAAUGCGGAUUUUUUGGAUGCAGCAGGAAUAGUGAUAACCAAUGUUCAUUUAAACACAAUCAAUAAACUAAUCAUCCACUUUCUAUAUCCAUCAAUUCAUUCGCUAUUUGGUGUUAUGUUUGUGAUAAUGAUUUAGAAACAAUAUAGGAGGAAACUGACAACAAGGGGUAGAAAGAGAAAAUCUCUAAAUUUAUUGAUAACAUGAAAAAUCUCCUGUUCAAAAAAAUUAAGUAAAACAAACCAACUCAAACAAUUUAAUAAUUCUAGCAAGUCUAAUAAUAAUAAUCAUAACCCUAAACUCUGAGUCAAGAAAUUAAACAGUAAGCCACCUAACCAUUAAACUACACACCCAAGUAAGUGUUUGGAUUGAGGAAUUUGGGGAACACUUGCUUUUUCAACUCUGUUAUGUAAUGUUUAAAUGCAACAGAGAGUUUGAAUUCAUUCUAUUUGGACCAUAAGAAGUUUAACUUCUCUUCUUAUAGUUAAAAUGUAGACAAUGACGAGGAUGAUGAUUGGACUACAGUUGAGAACAAUAAAUAAAUUAAACAAUAAGUGAGACCCAAGAGUUCAAAAUUAUCUAUUAAUUAGAUAUAUUAGAAUUUCUUGUUAAAUAGCAGGAAGAGUAAGGGAUUAGUGGACCCUGUGGAUUUAUUCAAAUCGAUAUAGGCAGUUUAGGGGAGAUUCAGAUCUAUGGCUUAAUAGGAUGCAUCUGAAUUGCUUAGGUGUUUAUUGGAUGCUUUGUCAACAGGAGAGGAAAACACUCAUAUAGGGAGAAUCAAUAAAACCAAAACAAAUGGUAAGCCCAAGAGGACAAUUGUUGAGAAUAUAUUCGGAAGUUAUUUGUGCAAUUAUUUGGAAUGCUUGGAUUGUGGAUUCAUCAGUAGGACAUUUGAUUUCUGUCUUGACUAUACUGUUCAAAUUAGAAAACCUAAGGGUCUAAUUAAUUAGAGGUUUCAAGAGGAAUACUAAGAGAUCACCAGUGAAGAAUUAAAGGAUGUCAUUGUUCCCUAUUUGCAUAACUCAAUUUUGGUUCAAAAAAACAAUAACCCACCAAAAGUCGAUCAAUAAAAAUAAUAUAAUCUAAGCGUUGUUGAUUGUCUGGAUGCUUUUACUGAAUAUGAGGAAUUGAACUAAAAGAACAAUUUCUUUAAGUGUGAGUAGUGUGCAAAGCAAGGGAAGAAGUCAGGGAGAGCCUUAAGAAAGUUCUUCUUAUACGAUUUACCUUAAGUGGCCACAAUCAUUUUGAAGAGAUUCCAAUAGAAAUCAGCGGGUAGAUUUGAGAAGGUCUCGGAGUAAGUUGAUAUUCCAGAAACCAUCUAUCUGGAGGACUAUACUAUUUUAAAGGGAGAACCAAGUCAAACUGUUGAAGAAAUAAAGGCUUAGAAGUAUCCAUAUCAAUUGUACGGGGUGGUCGUUCAUCAAGGUACAAUGACAGGCGGACAUUAUAUAUCUUAUGUGAAGCACAAAGAAAACAAUCAGGAUCAUUGGUUCUAUUUUAGUGAUAGCAACUUCAAAGAGGUCUCUCUUAAAUAGGCUCUCAGCAAUCAAGCUUAUAUUUUAUUUUAUGAAAGAGUCUGAUAAUAAUUUAUUGUUAAAAUUAUUAUGUUAUUUGAAAGU